CCAGCAAAAGGGGACGGAGAAGUUGUCAGAAAGCAAAGUAAAAAAAGAGUCAAUUUCUACAUCGUCGUCGUCGUAGCAUGCACUUGACUGUGCUAAUGGGCGAAAGGGAAAAAAGUGGGGCCAGCAUAAAUUGUUUCACCAUCGCCAACAUAGUGCGAAUGGUGCAGUAACGUUCGUGUGUUUUAAAGAAACCCGUACCAACUUUUAGUGAGGAAUCUAUCCCGUACGUGAAAGUGUUUUCUCAGUGAAAAGUUCUGCGAGAACAGUUCUACUCCGUUCUAUUGUUUUGUCUACAGUUCCUUUUUUCAUUCGGGGUGUGUAAAUUCCAUACGAUUGCCCUCGGUGCGUAUGUGUGGUGUUUCAGGUUGUGAAAGAUAAACCUGCGCUCGACGUAACUUUAUAACGCUACACGGUGGGUUACGAUUGUGCCACUCACACCCCUUCCAGUUCCGAUUGUUUUGUGGGCAAAAGUAUGUGAUUGUUUUGUUCCUAGCGGUUUCGAUACGGUUCAGUAGCGAAGGGUUGGCACCUACACAAACGUACGUACUAUCCGUGCAGCAUAGCCCUUGCGAGUUAGUAGUCUACAUUCGGACACAAAAGCUGGACGUCGUUGAGAGGAAAGUAGAACAAAGCUUCCAGAAUGUCCGUUACAUUCGAGCAGAUUAUACUCGACGCUAAGCGCAUUGCCAAUCGGCUGAAAGACCGAGAGGCCCUAGGAGAUGCACUGUUGCUUGAAUCGGAAUCAGUGAACAAACACAUCGAAUCGAUGCGUCAGUUCCAGGACGAUAUCGACAUACUGAACAAAUUGGCACGUGAUCGCUCCAACAACCAGCUGAUAACGAUCAUCCACCAGGAAAAUCCACAGAUUCGCGAGAUUCAGCAGGAGAACCGUCUGCUGAAGGCAGCACUGGAAGAUCACCAGCACGCACUGGAGCACAUCAUGUCCAAAUACCGAGAGCACACGCAAGCGAAAAUCCUUAACACGAAAGUGAACUUUGUGGAGGCAUUCACACGUCACCACCGGUCGGCCGACAUCGAGCGGCGUGACGAGCUGAUCCGACAGCAGACAGCCAAGAUACAGGAAAUGGCCGCUGUUAUGCAGCGUGUCUCGCAGAUGGACGAGGAAAAGGUCAACCAGGAGCAGGAGGUACUGAGCAAGCUGAUGACGGAAAACAAGGGUUUGCGGGAACUGUUGGAAAUAUCGCGCAAGUAUGGUUCCGGCGGGCAGAAGAUGCUGGUCGACGAUAAAUCAACCCAAACGGACAGUUCGCUACUGGACGGGCUGAUUGAAGCGGCGAUAACGGCACGGGCAAAUGUGUCGAAGCCGACACCAACAACGACACCAUUCUCACCACCAUCCCCAUCACAGUCUGCAGCAGCACCUGCGUCGGGACCCGCAUCCACGCAAACCGGCGCAUCAACCACGGAUGUAACUGUAUCCCCGAAAGCAAGCUCAACAAUGCCGACCACCGACGAUCCAGCACGUUCGCCAAACAACAAGAGCCCCGCCGCGCCAUCUAAUCCAUCAACAGUCAGUAAUGGAGUGGCAACGACCUCCCCGACGGCACCAGCACCAUCUGCGGUGGCGGCCCCAGCUAGCAGUACUACCACGGCAACCUCGUCGACUUCGUGACGUGAUUCGGGCGAAUGUCAGGUAUCUGUUUUGUUCUGCUGCCAAUCGGCCCUACUGUAGGAUGCGUCGCGAUCGAGGUGCGUUUGAUGUGAUUAACGGAACGAAUCACAAAGGAAUGAAUACGUAUAGCAACAACACAUAGCGAUAAUUCUUAAAAACACUCUUUCGAACAACCAAGGCUAGCAUAUUUUUGGGGGACCAUAGUGAAACGGGGCCGGUUUGCACAUUUCAUUGCACGAUCACUCGAUCACGUUUUUUUGUUGUUUGUUUUUAAUUGUUCUUAUGUGCGCAACGAUUCGCGUUUUCUAUUUUUCGCAAUCAUACGGAAUGCGCAAACAAACUAAAAAUAUAUUAUUCUGCACUAUUACACACCGAUAAAUUCCUUUUCAAUGCGAAUGCGUUUGUCGCCAUUUGAGGAAGAAAAUGUGGUAAGGGAAGAAAUCAACGAAUCGCGGCCGAUAACUGUCGAACUUUUUGCAAUGUAUGGUCUGUAGACGAUUGUGCAUUUUUCAUAUGCUAAGCAAUUUUCACAUGCAUUACGUAUGCGCUUUGUUGCAAUUUAGUCAGCUGCAUAAAGAACACAACAAAAAAAAACAGACAGAUUGUAUUCACGUAGGGUCCUUAGUAAGAGUAGGAGUGUAGAGUGCAAUAGUUGCUUCAUAAUUUGUUUCAUUGUUUUUUGCAUAAAUGUUUGUUUUUGUUUACUCUUAGCACCUUAUGCACCAUAAAAAUGGAAAUGACGAUUUAGCAAUGGUCGAUUACAUACACUCCGAAAAAAAAGAAAAAUGUUCGAACCUGUUGAACCUGGAAGAAAUCUGUGCACCUACACAAUCUGAAACCAAGAUCGAGGCUUUUCCCUUCAUCGCGUGUGUAGUAUAUAGUAAAUUGUCGUUAACAAAAAGAAA